UUGGAAUAAUUUAUCGGUUUGGAGUCAAUUCAGAAUUUUUCUUUUCUCGGUUUUAGUUCGGUUCUAGAUAUUUGAUCUAGCAAUAUUCGUUUGUCUUAAACUAAACAAAAAAUUAUGAAACCAUUCGUAAUCAGGAACCUUCCAAGAUUUCAAUCAACUCUUAGAUCUUCGCUUCUCUACACAAAUCAUCGCCCCUCUUCUCGAUUCUCUCUCUCUACUCGUCGAUUCACCACCGGAGCCACCUACAUUCGCCGAUGGAAAGCAACGGCGGCGCAGACACUCAAACUCUCCGCCGUGAACUCCACGGUGAUGAUGAAACCGGCGAAGAUUGCGUUGGAUCAAUUUAUAGCUUCUCUAUUUACGUUUCUGCUUCUCUACAUUUUGCGUCGGAGUAGUAAUAAGAAUAAGAAGAAUCGUGGACUCGUCGUUUCCCAAAACGAUACCGUAUCCAAAAAUCUUGAAACGGAGGUUGAUUCUGGCACUGAUGUGAUCAUCGUCGGAGCUGGUGUCGCCGGUUCCGCUCUUGCUCAUACUCUCGGCAAGGAAGGAAGAAGAGUGCACGUUAUAGAAAGAGAUUUUUCUGAGCAAGACAGAAUCGUUGGUGAAUUGCUUCAACCUGGUGGUUAUUUGAAGUUAAUAGAACUUGGACUUGAAGAUUGUGUGAAGAAGAUUGAUGCUCAACGAGUUCUUGGUUAUGUUCUCUUUAAAGAUGGGAAGCAUACUAAACUUGCUUACCCCUUGGAAACGUUUGAUUCGGAUGUAGCCGGGAGAAGUUUCCAUAAUGGGAGAUUUGUACAGAGAAUGCGAGAAAAAGCCCUUACUCUUUCAAAUGUACGAUUGGAACAAGGAACGGUUACGUCGUUGCUUGAAGAACACGGGACAAUUAAAGGGGUUCGAUACAGAACAAAAGAGGGCAAUGAGUUUAGAUCAUUUGCUCCUCUCACAAUUGUAUGUGAUGGUUGUUUCUCCAACUUGCGUCGCUCUCUUUGCAAACCUAAGGUGGAUGUGCCAUCUACUUUUGUGGGUCUUGUCUUGGAGAACUGUGAACUUCCAUUUGCAAAUCACGGGCACGUUGUUCUCGGUGACCCAUCACCCAUCUUAAUGUAUCCCAUCAGCAGUUCUGAAGUCCGUUGCUUAGUAGAUGUACCGGGUCAAAAACUUCCUCCCAUUGCAAAUGGUGAAAUGGCAAAGUAUCUGAAAACACGGGUUGCGCCUCAAGUACCAACCAAGGUCCGUGAAGCAUUCAUCACCGCUGUUGAGAAAGGUAAUAUCAGAACCAUGCCAAACCGAAGCAUGCCAGCUGAUCCGAUUCCUACUCCUGGAGCUCUUCUUCUUGGUGAUGCAUUCAACAUGAGACAUCCUUUAACCGGUGGUGGGAUGACCGUUGCAUUGGCGGAUAUAGUUGUACUCCGUGAUCUUCUAAGGCCAAUUCGCAACCUUAAUGACAAAGAAGCUUUGUCUAAGUAUAUUGAAUCCUUUUACACACUACGAAAACCUGUAGCUUCCACCAUUAAUACAUUGGCGGAUGCGUUGUAUAAGGUCUUUUUAGCAUCUUCAGAUGAAGCAAGAACGGAAAUGCGUGAAGCUUGCUUCGACUAUCUUAGCCUUGGAGGUGUUUUCUCAUCUGGUCCAGUUGCAUUGCUCUCUGGUUUAAACCCUCGUCCUCUGAGUUUAGUUCUCCACUUCUUUGCUGUGGCGAUCUACGCUGUUUGUCGUUUAAUGCUACCAUUUCCUUCGAUUGAGAGCUUUUGGCUUGGAGCUAGGAUAAUCUCGAGUGCUUCAAGCAUCAUCUUUCCAAUAAUUAAAGCAGAGGGAGUUAGACAAAUGUUCUUCCCUCGUACAAUCCCUGCCAUAUACCGUGCUCCUCCUUAAUGAUGCAUCAAGAGUUACAUACAUUAAAUGAUCUAUGCAGGCAAAUGUUGUAACUUUUAAUCUAAUAUCUUAGUUGCUUGAUGCUAAUCAUGUGGGUGUUUAGGCUAGAUAGCUUAGGAACCAGUGUAAACAUAGCUCCUUAAGUAUAUAUGACUGUGAGCAAAGAGCCUUGAAAGUGCAUCAAUGGGAAGCUGUAUAUUUUGUAUAUCCUAACAUCUUUUUGGACCUUGUAGAAUUAGUUCCGGUGUUGUUAACUGUCUUUCAGCAUGGUGAUCAGUCUCAUCAUAUAUAUGUCCUGCGAUAUUAGUCACAUAACUGUGGAAAAACCCGAU